CUCUCUCUCUUUUCUCUGCUCCAUACACAACACCAGCCUGAUUGUUUGCUGAGCGCGUGGACGGUGUGGUCGGGUUAGGCGCGCGCUCGCGUGGAAACCCCGCGUUUCGUUUCGGCUCGGACACGGAACAACAGGGAGGCCGGAAGUGCGCUGCACGUGCGUUCGGUUCUGGUCGGAGACUCUCUCUCACACACACACACACUCACACGGAGAGAGCGUAAGCUGCGUGGAGAUAAGAAGAAAAGCGCGAGGCGCAGACGUCGGGAUUAUCGUGUCACACGCACGCGCGCAGACGGAGCAGCAGCAGUCACGAGACCGGAAGAGAAACAGAGGAAUAAAGAGGAGAGCAGCUGGAUGUUGUGUGGGACUCGCAUUGAGGAAGUCUUGAGCGCGAGGGUCAGCUUCCUCUCUGAGCAACAGAAAGAGGAAGAGUGGAGAAAAAAAACACUAGACUUCCUCAAUUUUCUGCCAGUUUGAGCUAAUGAAGAACAUACACACACACACACACACACACACACACAAGGUGAAAGGUAACAGCUCUGCAAAAUGCUACAGGAAAUACACAGGGUCACAGAGUUAAUUGGAGUCUGACUCUGUAUGUGUGUGUGUGUGUGUGUGUCUGUGUGUGUGUUACAAAGUUUCCUUUCAGUGUAUGGAGACUUUACUGGACACUAUAUUUAUACAUUAUAACGUAAAACCAGCUAGCGUAACACACUCGGAGGCAAGUGCUCUCUGACCUCUUCGGCAUACAUGAGCUCACAGAUGGCCGUGAUUGGCCGGCGUCUCAGUGAUUGACCGGUGCAGACAUGUGGACUGUGGCCUCGUCCGAAUGAAACACUCAUGAACUGACAACGAUGGAGCCUACUUUUACAUGUGAUGUCUCCAUCCAUGCAGUGGUGUUACAGUUAAGAUGGAGGAUCAUUAUGAAGGUGUUCAGGUCGGGGAGAAUAAAUACAUCAGCAAGAGCAGCAUCCUUGCCCACCUAAAGACCUAUAACCUCUAUUAUGAAGGACAAAACCUGCAGCUGAGACACAGAGAGGAAGAAGGUGAGCUGAUCGUUGAGGGUCUCCUGAACAUCUCUUGGGGUCUGCGGCGACCAAUCAGAUUGCAGAUGCAGGACGACAACGAGCGAAUCAAACCGCCUCCCUCAUCUACAUCCUGGCACUCGGGCUGUAACCUGGACAACCAGAGCGCCGAGGCCCAGAAACAAGCUCCACCCUCUAUCGAGGUGACCGCACCUGAGAGCCAAUCGGAAGACAGCACGAUGAAGCAGAACGAUAAUGAGGAAGAGGAAGACUCCUGCUCUCAGCUCCUGAGGACCAAAAGUGAUGCAGGUGUAUUGAGGCGGGGUAACAAGCGGUCUCCUAGCGACCAGCGGCGAAUCAGAAGGCACCGUUUCUCCAUCAAUGGCCACUUUUACAACCACAAGACGGCGGUGUUCACUCCUGCGUACGGCUCCAUCACUAACGUGAGGAUAAACAGCUGCAUGACGACGCCGCAGGUGCUGCGUGUUUUACUGAACAAGUUUAAGAUUGAGAACAGUCCUGAUGAUUUUGCGCUCUACAUUGUCCACGCCAGCGGAGAGCGUGCUAAACUCAAGCCCACAGAUCACCCUUUGGUGCUGAGGAUCCUUCAGGGUCCAUGUGAGCAGGUCUGCAGGAUCUUCCUCAUGGAGCAGGACCUCGGUGAGGAGGUCACGUAUGACGUGGCGCAGUACAUUAAGUUUGAGAUGCCUGUGCUUCAGAGCUUCAUCACCAAACUAAAAGAGGAGGAAGACCGAGAGGUGCAGAAACUCAAACACCGAUAUAAGUCUCUGCGCCUCAUCAUAGAGAAGCAGCUGCAGUGUUUACCGGACGGUUCCACGUCCAUGUGAAGGAGCUCUCGCGCCUCUCGUCCCUCGGUCAGUCCUCGUGUCCCUGAUGUGCUCGUCGCGUCCCGGCGGAAGAGUUCCUCCCGCCUUCUCCACACGUGCGACCGAUGGAGUCACGUGACUCGCCCAAACCUAAAGCCAGUAUUUUCAUUGAUAUGGAGCAACGGUCACCCGGGACGAUCUGGACGUUCUUCAGCGUUACGCUACACCGCGAUGCGUUCAGGGGUUUAGAAGAUUGAGGCUUUUGAGACUGAGAAGAUGUUCUCUUUAGAUCCUGCAUUUCCAAACACGCCCUCAUCACCACGCUAACAUCUCAGAAACGUUCCUAAUUAGCUGACGCUGACUAGCUCAGAAAUCCACGCUAACUACAUGAACGGUAAACAAUCAUAGGUGUGUUCCUGCGACGUUACUGUGUACUAUUCUAACACACCACGCUAAGCAACUAGCUGCGCAAAGUUAGCUUGCUAGCUGGAAAAAAACAAAACACAAACAAAACGUUUUUCACAGACUUGCGUCUCAAAAAUACGACUAGAGAUUUAUGCAGGUAAUGUUAGCUGACUAGCUGAAUAGGUGGAAAAAGGACGUGGCUAAGAAAGCUAGCUAGCUCGAAAAUUAGCGCUUGACAUAAAAUUGACACUUUGAACGAAAAGAAAUGAAAAAUUAGAUAUACUGGAGUGCUGCUAGUGCUAGUUAGCAAGCUAGCACAGAAAUGAUGCAAGGUGAAAAUACCCUGUAAUUUAUUAGUAUUUUUUCUUUUAACUGACGCCAUGUAAUAAAUGUUACCUCAGCGUCGUGCCGCUGGACACGACGUCCCGGGACUCGGGUUCCUGAGGGAGGAGGCUGGCGAGGGCGUGUAGGGAGAGCGGGAUCGAGACGUAGCCGCGGGUUUGAGGCGAGCAUGCUGUCGCCCUCUACAGGCACAAUGUAGAAAAGCACAUUUACUCAACUGAUUCUCUCGGGUCCUUCCAUGUGAAAAAGACUCCAUAAUAAUAACAAUAAGCACAAUAUUAAUAGAACACACACACACACUCGUGAAAUAGUCAUGUUUAGCUAAACAAUCUCAGCCUAACGUGGUGUGUUCAUGUGUAGGAUUGUAGCUGUUGUUGAGAAGCUGAACAUGUUACACUCUGAUUAUAAACUAAUGCACAUGCUGCUGGAGACGUGUGUGUGUGUGUGUGUGUGUGUGUGAAAAUUAUGAAUGUUAUGUGUGUGAGAGAAGAUUGAGGAUGUGAUGGGUUUGUGUGUGUGUGUGACGAUUAUGAAUGGUGUGUGUGUGUGUAAAAAUUAUGAAUGGUGUGCGUAUGUGUGUGUAUGUAGAUUAUGAAUGUGGGUUUGUGGGGGGGUGAAAAUUAUGAAUGGGGGGUGUGUGUGUGCGUGUAGAUGCUGUGUGUGUGUGUGCACACUUUUUUGAGAAUAAAUUUGUAAUGUUUUUAUCCUUUUCUUAAAAUCAUUUCACUGUAUUGUUUAUUAUACUGUUUGUUUGUUUGUUUGCUCUCAGCUCUCCUGCAGUGUUGUGGUGUUUAUUGUCCAUUUUCUCCAGCUGCCUCCUGCUUCACUGUAACUGUGACCAUCUGAUAGAAUGCUGAGAAAAUUAAACAGAACUGAAAUACAAACA